ACUGGAUGCUUAACCCACUGAGGGAGACUGGGGAUCAAACCCACAUCCUCAUGGAGACUAGUCGGGUUUUUAACCUGCUGAGCCGCAAUGGGAACUCCUAUACCUGUACAUUUUCAUUAUUUGACUUUGCACCUAUUUCCCCCAUAGAGACGUGGAGCAUUUGGGGGUGGGGCAGAGAUAGGGUCAGACUGUAAAGGGACACUGUUGGGAAAAUCCCCAGUCUUCCUAACACCACCAUGUAAAUCCUUCUUGUGAGAACACUUGAAACAUUUUUUAAACUAGGAACAGUUGUUUUUCAGCCAUUUACCGCGAGGUUUAGGAGUCCUCCCAGAAAAGGACGUGUAACAUGCAAAUUUCCUUGUUAGAAGCUUGUGUUAGUUUCUUAAGGUUGCCAUAACAAAUUACCAAAAACUGAAUGGCUUAAAACAACAAAAAUGUGUUCUCUCACAGUAUAUAGCCCGAAGUCUUAAAUCAAGGUGUUGUGAGGACCAAACUCCCUUUAAUGGUUUCCUUGCCUUUUCCACUUUCUGGUGGUUUCCAGGUGUUCCUUGCUUUGAGGUGCAUGACUUGGGACUCUGCCUCCAUCCUCACAUGGUCUGCUUAUUUGUGUCUGCAUCUCAAAUCUCUCUUUCCCUUUCUCAGACAAGGACACCUGUGUGGAAAUAAAGGAAAGGUCAGUUAUCUGAGAGUAGACAAAGGCUAUUCAGAGCUUUCUAGAGCAAGGAAGUCAGCCACCAUUACUUGUGUUUUGGCAGAGGCUCAAAGGCAGACAGAGGGUGGGAAAGCUCAUAGUGGAAAAAAGGGAAAUCUUCAGGUCUGCCCUGAUUGAAGGCUGGUGGCCUAGGGAAGCUGUAGGGCGCUCACUAGAAGGAGGGCGUCCUGUGUGAUUGGUUAAGGUGCAUAUGUGGCUUUCUCUGACUGGUCCUAAGUCGGAAGUAGGGACAGAGUUAGGGAAGCUGUCAGUAAUUAAUCAAGCACUGGGCAUUUGGGGGCUAGUUGUUACAGGGAUUAAUUUGGGGCUUUUAAAUUGUUAUCAGAGAUAGUGGUCUGACUUCCUGUAAGUCUGACUUACAGAUAGCAGGCCAGCUUCCUGGGCUGGUUACUAUGGAUGGUGGGUGGUUUCCUGGGUUGGUUGCUGCAGGUUGUGGGUCAGAAUUCUGUUUUUGUACAUGGUCUAGUCAUUGUUUGCAUGUUCAGUUUCUCACUGACACUGAAUUUAGAGCCCACCCUAAAUCCAGGAUGGUCUCAUCUUGAGGUCUUUCACUUAAUUACAUCUGCAAAUAUCCUCUUCCCAAAUAAGUGCUCAUUCACAGGUUCUCUGGGUUAGAUAGAACACAGACAUAUGUCUGGGAGUCCACAUUCAACCUUCUGCAAGUUCCCCUUAGUUUAUUAAUAAUGCUUUUUUGUCUAUAGAGUGAAAAAAGACUUUAGACCUUCCUGACCUGAUUGAGACAAGCAGAUAGGUUAUGAUUGGAUUUCACCAAAGGCCUGUAAUUAUCAAACAGUUGCCUGGGCAUCCCUUAAAACUUAAGAGUCGAGCUACAGACUGAUCCUUCUAUGUCUGCAUCCCAAAACAAGAUUUUUUUUAGUCCUGUACUAUCUGUACAUUCAGAGAAACCCCACCUUUGGCUUAAAGCUAUAAGCAAUGAGUAAUAUACGAAUGUUCUCUAAAUUGUCAUUGAAAGGAAGUUUAGGAAGAAUACCAAUCCUCUGGUGGCUUUAUGUUUUCAGAAUUCUGAAAAUUUAAUCUCAUUGCCUAACCAGAGAAGAGGAUAAUCCCUAGUUUCAGCUGAUUCUAAAACUCUGAUAUGUAAUAGAUGUGCAGUACAUUUUUAAUUCUUCAGUUAAUUCAUUCUUUUUGGAUGACUCUGAUGAUGAUGUUACUUCUCUCAAAAACAUGUAGUUGAAAAGACCUCUUUUUUUUUACCAGAAGUAUGGAUUAUUGAUCUUUAUUCACUCGUACAAUAUGUUAAAUUUUUCCUGCGAUGCCUUUUUAAUUUAUUGUUGGAAUUGAACCAUCCAGAACUGAUUUUAUCUUGCUUUAAAUAUAGACCAUAAUUUAAAGCUCUCUUGAUUCCGGGAAAACUUUUAUCUCCUCUUUCCCCAGGUUAGUUUUUCAGCUUCCCCAGUCAAAUAUCAGUUUUUAGAUAUUAAAUUCCCUCUCCCACUUGGAAAACAAAAGCAAUUUCACAGUUAUGUGAAAAUUAUCUACAUAAUUUUUCUUUUUUUGUUUUCUGAUAAGAUAUGUAUUCUAAAGGGGGUAGGAGGAAAAAUACAAACUAAACUACUUAUACUACCUGGCAGGUCCUCAUAGCAGGUUUUUCCAUUUAAAAUUAAAAAAUGGUGCUUAUGUGACAUGGGUGCACAUAAACUGUUGCCUCCUUUUAUUCUUUUAAGCCAAAAGUUCUCAAAGCCCUAGAGGAGUUUGACAGCCUUCUCUAUUUUGCUCAUUAAUUUGGAAGGAGGUACCAGGUGGUAGGUUUCCAAAAGUUUGAACGAUGGCCUUUUUAAAAUUUCUCCCAAAGGCCAAGUACAAGGAUUUGCCUCUUGAAUUUGAAUGAGAUGAUGCACAAAUCAUGCUUUUCACAAUGCUUUAGUACAUAGUUAAUGCCUAAUACAUAUUAAUUUGGAUCCUAAUUACUUCAGAUUUCAUCCUUCCUGCUUGAAGGUAUGAUUUUGAUGAAUGUCCUAAUUUCUCCAAGUCUCAGUUUCCUCACCUACAAAAUAUAGGUAAAAAUAAUGUCUCGCUUAUAGGAUUGCUCUGAGGAUAAAACAGAUAAUCCACGUGAAAGUACUAACAAGUAAUUCAUAAAUGUUGGUUAUAGUGGUUUAUAUAGUAUUAGCAUUGCAUUGUUUUCUGUAAAUCUCCUUUUUUAGUUGAAAGUGUUUUUCCUAAAUGAUAUUUUUUGUAUGUAUGUAUUUUUAUAUGUAUUGGUUAUUUACUGUCAUAUGCUGUCCAUAUUAUGAGGUUUUUGUUUUAAUCAGUCACUUAAUUCAACUUUCUGUUUCCCACGUGCUUUGUAUGUAAUACGUACGCACAUAUGUGGUUUGAAUGAAAGAGUAAUUGAUAGUGUCCAGUCUCUAAACUCUGUGUUCAUUGAUUUAUGCAGUUGUAAUGAAUUAUCAGUAGAUGGCAGUAGUUUGUUUUAGCUUUUAUUUUUUUUGUCCAUUCUGCAGUAGAGGUCCAGAAAAAACAAAAACUUUCCAAUUUUAUUUUAUUUUAUUUUAUUUUUUGUCUUUUUGCUACUUUCUCAGUUUUAAAGCAGAGAUCCUUUUGUGAAUAGCCGGUUUAAAUAAAUAUCACACAAGCGCUCUUCGGUUUAUACUGCUUCAGGAACAGACAUUAAGAAGAACCAGCUGCUUUGUUUUUUGUUGUAGAAACCUAAUUUACUUAAUUUUUUUGGUUUCUUCAUCAAAUACUUUAGAGAAUACAAAAAUGAAAAGACAUUCCGUUUGCCUUCCUGGAGCUUAUGGUCUAAUGGGUAAACAGUAUAAAAUAAUGAAGAUAGUAGGAAUAGAAAUUAUUGAGUGGCAAGAAUCUCCUAAACACUUUAUAUGCAUUAUUUCACUUUGUUCUCAAAAUAAUCUAAUGAGGCAGGUUCUGUUAAUGAUAAGGAAUCCGAGGCUCAGGUUGGAAAGAAUUUACUUAAUAAACAUGAGUGGCACAACCUGGAUUCAGGACUAGCCCACAGCGUUAUCUAUCAUGGUGUGAUAAAGAUAUGAAACUAUUGCACUAAAGAGAGAGAGAGUACAUCUACCCAGAAAGAUGAAGAAAGACUUCUUAAAGAAGAUGCCAUCUAAAAUGGAAUGCAGCAUUGGUUGUGAUGUUCAGUGUUUUUAACUGAAUGUUAUGCUCUUUGAGGGCAGAAAAAGGAGGCUAAUUUGCACCUUUACCACAAGUCUAAGGGUCAGUGACUUCUGAUUUUCUGCUCCUAGAACAUAUUUUUAAAAAGACACAUAGGACAGGACUUCCAUUUAUCAACACAAGUGAAGGACCUGUCAGGUCUAGUCAGCAAGUUGGGCAGGAUCAGCAAAACAGCACAGGAGGGCUCAGCCAAUCAGCCAGUUUGUUUCUGGAAACAAACAAAGCAAAACAGUUAAGAAAAUAAAAUCCUCCUUCCCCCACAGAGGCUUAACUUGAACCAGGGUGGGACAGACUGCCAAGGGCUAACAGAAUGAGGAUCUGAAUGAGGAUCUCAGGAGUAAAGAAGGUGAACUAAAAAGGGGAAAAGAGACAAGAAUGUCAAGCAACAGAGAAAAGAAGAGUCAGCGCAUUCCUGAAGAAGCUAAACCAGAUACAUCAUCGUUAACUGACGCUGUAGAGCAAGUUGCAAAGCAACAGCAAUCACAAACAUCAGAAAUAGAAAAAAACAAAAAAGUUCUGUUGUAUUUGCAGAAUGAACUUCAUGAGCUUGAAACACAAAUAGCAUCUGUCUCUGCAGAAUCUAAAGAAACAGAAAGGCAGAUAUAUCAGCAAGAUGUUGCCAUACAGAAUACCAAACUUCAGUGUGGAAGCCUGGAAAAUCAAAUCAGAUCCUUACACACAGAAAAUGUGAAGCUUAGAUUUGACAUAGAAGCAGCCCAAGAAGAUUUUGAGGAACACAUGAUAAGAUAUAAUGAAUACUAUGAAAAAAUAAAAGCACAUAAAGAUAGUUUGAGGGAGGUAGAAAGCAAAUGGUCUUUCAUGACUGAGCUAGAGGAGAAACGGGACCUCGUUAGAAAACUAAAGACAAUGAAAGAACAGCUUAUGCAGGAUCUCCAAAAUCCAGAAGGAAACGUGAUGACACAAGUGCAGGAAGACAUUACAAAGCUAAAGGAUAAAAUUAUAACUGUAAAAGAAUCCAUCAAUGAAAAAACUUGUUUUCUUGAGAAGGAAAAAAAGACACAUGAAAAGUUAAGAAAAGAAAUAGAGGUACAACAUAAGAGAUAUGAGGCAGUUCUUAAGCGUUUGCACUGUCAGGUGAACAAGCUUCAGUCAAACAGAAGACAUUGGCAGUGGAACAUUCAGCAGCUGGAAAAAACGGCAGCUGAACUGAGAAAAUGCAUUGGAACCAAAGAUUAACAUGGCCAUAGG